UGGUGCCUCACUGUACUAUAGCAGUAUUAAGAUUAUAAAAUUGGUUGACAGUUUUUUAUUUAGAAAUAAGGGAUGGGUUAUUGCUUCUUUUUAGCAGUGUGUCUCAAAGUUCCUGAGGUUUUCAGAGGAACCGCAUUACAAUUGAGAGGUUUAACAUGCUGCAUGUGCAUGAUCACAGACUUUACUCUUUUCUUUCUCUUGAUAACUGGUCGAAGAUGCUUUGAGAUCAUCGUGUUGAUUGAUUUGAUAUGAGCAAAAAAGUGUAUCUGCCUGAAUUUAAAUAGAAAUUAGCCUCUGUAAUUUUAGUUUCAUUGCUUUAAGUAGUGCUGUCUGCAGUUUUACUAGGCUUCCCACUUGUAACAUAAAAAUUGGAUUUGAAUAUACUUUGGUAAUAAGUCAGAUCAUUUAAAAAAUCAGAUAUCUUUAUUGCUGGAUUUUAUAUAUGUUAAAAUGACAGUCUGAUUUCAGCAUUUAUAUUUUGAAAUGGAAAUAUUUCACUUAGGAUUUGAUAAUCUUUGCUUCUCUGUUGGCUUGAUUUCCCACCCCCUGUUCCCCAAGUCAAUUCCUUUUUUUUUUUUUUAAUUAAUUGCUGUCCUCCUAGCUAGAAUUAGCAUGGUUUGGCUAAGGUGAAGGGAUUAGAAUGACUCUUCAAGGCAUGAUAAUGUCUGUUUAAAGAAAAGGAAGAAAAAAAAGUCUUUUAACUGGGGCUUAAGACUAAUUCCAUCUACUAAGGAGACAAAAAUUACGCUAAAGGAGACAAUUUGGCUUUAUUUUCUGUGUGCAUGUUAACCUGCAUAGCGAUCAUUAUUUUGUAUUUUAGGGUGUUCUCUGAAGGAAGAUGUUCUUUACUUGCUGUAGGAAGGGGAUGUGACCUCAUUCUAGGAGAUGAAGGCUGGAACACCUUCUGCCUUUUUGCAGGGAUAACCACAGUUCACCUGGCUAUUGUUCAGGGCCAUCCGCUGCACGCUGGUGAACUGCACAUGUGAGUGUUUCCAGCCGGGGAAGAUUAACCUGAGGACUUGCGACCAGUGUAAACAUGGCUGGGUGGCACACGCCUUGGAUAAGCUCAGCACGCAGCACCUGUACCACCCCACCCAGGUGGAGAUCGUGCAGUCCAACGUGGUGUUCGACAUCAGCAGUCUGAUGCUCUACGGCACGCAGGCAGUGCCCGUGCGGCUCAAGAUCCUACUGGACCGUCUGUUCAGCGUCCUGAAGCAAGAGGAGGUGCUCCACAUCCUGCAUGGCCUGGGCUGGACGCUGCGCGACUACGUCCGGGGGUACAUCCUUCAGGAUGCUGCUGGCAAGGUGCUUGACCGCUGGGCCAUCAUGUCUCGAGAAGAGGAAAUCAUCACCCUUCAGCAGUUUCUGCGGUUCGGAGAAACCAAAUCCAUCGUGGAGCUGAUGGCGAUCCAGGAGAAGGAAGGGCAGGCCGUAGCUGUACCAUCUUCAAAGACAGACUCAGACAUCAGAACUUUCAUUGAGAGCAAUAAUCGCACCAGGAGUCCCAGCCUCCUCGCCCAUCUAGAGAACAGCAACCCUUCCAGCAUUCAUCACUUCGAAAACAUCCCCAACAGCCUCGCCUUCCUGCUGCCAUUCCAGUACAUAAACCCGGUCUCAGCCCCGCUGCUAGGAUUGCCUCCGAACGGGCUGCUGUUAGAACAACCAGGACUGAGGCUGCGGGAGCCCAGCCUUUCGACCCAGAAUGAAUAUAAUGAGAGCAGUGAGUCUGAAGUCUCCCCCACGCCCUACAAGAACGAUCAAACACCCAAUAGAAAUGCCCUGACCAGCAUCACUAACGUGGAGCCCAAAACCGAGCCAGCCUGCGUGUCCCCCAUUCAGAAUUCUGCCCCAGUCAGUGACCUGUCCAAAACUGAACACCCGAAGAGCUCAUUCCGGAUCCACAGGAUGAGAAGGAUGGGGUCGGCCUCCCGGAAGGGAAGAGUGUUCUGUAACGCGUGUGGGAAGACGUUCUAUGACAAAGGUACUCUCAAAAUCCAUUAUAAUGCGGUUCACCUGAAGAUCAAACAUCGGUGUACCAUUGAAGGCUGCAAUAUGGUCUUUAGCUCCCUUCGCAGCCGUAACCGCCACAGUGCAAACCCUAACCCUCGCCUUCACAUGCCUAUGCUAAGGAAUAACCGAGACAAAGAUUUAAUCCGGGCCACGUCCGGGGCUGCCACCCCCGUCAUAGCAAGUACAAAAUCGAAUCUCACACUCACGAGCCCUGGCCGGCCCCCAAUGGGUUUUACCACUCCCCCACUAGACCCCGUCUUACAGAACCCUCUCCCUAGCCAGCUGGUGUUCUCUGGGCUAAAGACUGUCCAACCAGUUCCUCCAUUUUAUAGAAGUUUACUCACUCCAGGGGAAAUGGUGAGUCCUCCGACCUCCCUCCCGACCAGUCCCAUCAUCCCAACCAGUGGUACCAUAGAGCAGCACCCCCCACCCCCCUCUGAGCCAGCAGCGCCAGUAGUGAUGAUGGCCACUCAUGAGCCCAGUGCCGACCUGGCGCCCAAGAAGAAGCCCAGGAAGUCCAGCAUGCCUGUGAAGAUCGAGAAGGAAAUUAUCGAUACCGCCGAUGAGUUUGACGAUGAAGAUGACGACCCCAAUGACAGCGGGCCUGUGGUCAAUGAUGGGAGCCAUGACAAUCACUGCCACUCCCAGGAGGAGAUGAGUCCGGGCAUGUCUGUGAAGGACUUUUCUAAGCAUAGCAGGACCCGGUGCAUUUCAAGGACAGAAAUAAGAAGGGCUGACAGCAUGACUUCUGAGGACCAAGAACCUGAGCGGGACUAUGAGAAUGAGUCUGAGUCUUCGGAGCCCAAACUCGGUGAGGAAUCCAUGGAGGGGGAUGAGCAUAUGCACAGUGAAGUGAGCGAGAAAGUCCUGAUGAACAGUGAGAGGCCGGACGAGAACCACAGUGAGCCCUCUCACCAGGAUGUCAUCAAGGUGAAGGAGGAGUUUACAGAUCCCACUUACGACAUGUUUUACAUGAGCCAGUACGGACUGUACAACGGCGGGGGUGCCAGCAUGGCAGCCCUGCACGAGAGCUUUACAUCGUCCCUGAAUUACGGCAGCCCUCAGAAGUUCUCCCCAGAAGGGGACCUGUGUUCUAGCCCAGACCCUAAAAUCUGUUAUGUGUGCAAGAAGAGUUUCAAAAGCUCCUACAGCGUGAAGCUUCACUACAGAAACGUUCACUUGAAAGAGAUGCAUGUCUGCACGGUGGCCGGCUGCAACGCUGCCUUCCCCUCUCGCCGAAGCAGAGACAGAAACAGAAAUUUACGGAUGGAAAGAACCAUAGGUCCAGGACAUCGAGACAGCCUGCAUCUGCGUAGACACAGUGCCAACAUAAAUCUGCAUCGUAAACUGUUGACCAAAGAACUCGAUGACAUGGGCCUGGACUCAUCACAGCCCUCCCUUAGCAAGGACCUCCGGGAUGAAUUUUUGAUGAAGAUCUAUGGGGCCCAGCACCCCCUGGGGCUCGACAUCAGGGAAGACGCCUCCUCUCCCGCGGGGACGGAAGACUCCCACCUGAACGGCUAUGGGAGGGGCAUGGCGGAGGACUACAUGGUCCUGGACCUGAGCACCACCUCCAGUCUCCAGUCCAGCAGCAGCAUCCAUUCCUCCAGGGAAUCCGACGCCGGCAGCGAUGAGGGGAUUCUCCUGGAUGACCUUGACGGGGCGAGUGACAGCGGGGAGUCGGCGCACAAGGCCGAGGCCCCCACCCUCCCUGGCGGCCUCGGGGCUGACGUUUCAGGGUCUCUGAUGUUCAACAGCUUGUCCGGGAGCACUGGUGGGAUCAUGUGUAACAUUUGCCACAAGAUGUACAGCAACAAGGGGACGCUGAGGGUGCACUACAAAACCGUGCAUUUGCGAGAGAUGCACAAGUGCAAAGUCCCCGGUUGCAAUAUGAUGUUUUCCUCUGUGCGAAGCCGGAAUCGGCACAGUCAGAACCCUAAUCUCCACAAAAACAUUCCCUUCACUGCAGUAGAUUAGUCUCAGAACGGACACUGCAAAUGCCAGCUCUCACCAGAUGGCCUAUGUAUCUGAACUGCCAUAGUGUGUGCUAGUGUACUUGGGGGAGGGUGUGUGUGCCCGCGUGUGUGUACACACACACGCGGGCACACACAUUUUCUUUUCUUUAGAUAUAAGAAGAUAAACACUAGGUGCUUUUGAAAUUUUUUGUCUUUUUCCUUUAUAGUUUUGAGAAAGAAGUCAGAUCUUUUCAUUUGGAGGUGAAACAGAAUACCCUUUAAAUACACAUGCGCACACACAUAAAAGCGUGCAACUAGCCCAAACUUUGACAGAGUAACAAUUUUUGGUCCUCUCCAAAGAGACAAUUUGUUGUACCUAUGACUGUUGCCUGCAAAGAGAUAAAGGGGGGGAACAAAAACAAAAAAGGAACUUCUUAUAGUUGUCUUUUGUGAACUUUAAGGUUUUGAGAGAAUCUUCAAUUAAAGCAUGGCAGAUUCACCUGUAAAUAUUUAGCCUUGAGAGGCCAAUGAUGUAAAACAAUUGUAUUGAUGGUUGUUUAACUCUUUUGUUUAAUUUUUACAGUUACAUCCAGCUGUUAGAUAUACAGGAAAAAAAUAGUUUGCUGGCUAGCUCUAUUCAUUUAUGUUAGCAUUAAUGCACAUUUUUUAAGGAAAAAAAAAAACAUGGUCUUGUUUUUACUACCUGCUAGAUAUAGUGAUAAAGAGGUGCUGGCAUGCCUUACAGCACAGAUCUGAUUUUUUAAAAUGUCCUGUACUAGUACAUAAAUCCAGUCAUGCACUUUUUUUCAUACACUACAAGGGGAUGUGUAAUAUCCAUGCUUCUUUUUUAUCCUUAAACUAUUGCCAUACUUCAAGUAAGUGUCUUUUUUAAAAAAUUCACUUGUAUAAAAAUGGUCUGGUCAGUAUAGGGCACAAAUGCCAAACAAAAGUAUUAGUGUUAACACAAAACUGCCAACUUUGCACAAGUUUCCAGAAAAGAAAAUACAAUUAGUCACUCAACAUAACCACAGGCCAAUUUGUCGGCCACCAGAAAACCGCUUUGAAAAAAAACACUUGGUGAUGCUUUCAAGUGCCGAAUGUUAUUACAAUCAACAUUGUAUCCUUCUUGCUUAUAUGUUAAGUUACAUAAAAGGAAAACAAAGUGAUGCGUGUGAAACAGCCAAGGCAUUUAUUCUUUAGAGGCAGGAUAAUAUUUCAGGAUACAAAAGCCCAAAUUACUCACUACGGAGCAAAGCUGAAUACAGUGAAAGAGCUGAACACUCAUGCGCAAGGACCUGACCCUUCUCCAUUAAAGAGAGGGAGAAAGUCUGAACUGAGUUGGUUUGUUAUGUGGCUGUGUAAUUUGUCGCAAGUUAUGAAGUAGUACUAAGAUUCAGGCCGGUUUGAUAGACAAAAAUCAAAAGACAUUUAAUGGCAGAGGCGGCAGUACUUGGAAGCUUUGCAAACAUGUGCUGAACUUGAACUAAGCAAUACUCCUUUCUGAGAAGCCAGAAGAAGGGGGUUUAAAAUAGGAUCUCUCACUGUUUAGUGUUUUGCGUCUCCCCCACGCGAUUUGUCAGAGAGAAAUGAAAGCAAGCCUGAAACCAAGCAAUCGAGAGUGAGAAAGCGCAGGGAGAGGGUUCUCCGAACCUUUUUUGUUUUGUUUUGUUUUGUUUCCGAUGUUUACACAUGUUGCCUGAGCUGGUUAACCACAUCGGCAGCCUCAGCUACCACAACAUACUGACUAAAUGAUGAUAUUUACUCAAAUUCAGUCUGCAGCCAAAACCAUUAGGGUGUGCAUUGCAGACUGUUUUGUUGUCUUUUUUUUUUUUUUUUUAAGUGGAGGGGGAAAAAGAUAAACAAGGCAUAUUUUGUCAAACAGGACACAAUAAUUUAAAGAGAAUGUAUUUCUUUUCAGCAUUUAAGGGCCUCAAACAUUUCUUUCAUCAGUCUAAAAGUUAGAAUUACUCCCUUUGUCUUAACUUUUUAAUGGCAUUUCCAUUUUUCAUACGUUUUGUAAUUAUUUUUUUCUAGGUUCACAUCAGCAUUCACUUCCGUUAAAUUUGCCAAAGGAAACUGUUAAUAUGUUUCUCUUGUUGUUAGUCCUGUAGGAUUUAUUGUACCUCAGUAUUUAUUCUUUCCAAAAAUAAGCAUCAUUAAGUUGAGGCUUCAGUAUUUUUUUGUGUGAAAAUUUCAGAAACAAUGGAAUCUUAAGAUAAGCUAGAUGUGUCUAGCAGCUUUAUCUUUUCAUCUCCUUCAGAGGAUGCUAUGGGGUUCAUUUAAUUCAUUUGUUCUACAGUGAGGAGAGACCAAAAGUAAUUUGCAGUACAAAAGAAACUAUAUCAAACACUAUGUUUUAAUGACAAAUGUUUACGGUAAAAAAGCUGAGGAAUUAGUGCUAACCGCUUUUGUUUUUCUUGUACCUUUGAAUUCCCCAAAGUCGCUUUAUUUCAGUGUUGUUAAACUGAAUAGACAGAGAUGUUUUCCUUUGUUUUAUACCACAUAAGACUCUGUACAGUAUGUUUGUGGAAGAUUGAACUAGAAUAAUGAAAAUUUGUUUGCAAACAUUUUGGUCCUCUUAGCCUUCUGUGUUGCGCUAUUGCUCCAUUAACCAAAUGAUUUGAUUCCAGAAGGGCGGAAAAAAUAUUUUGUUGGUAUCCCAGCAAAAGGUUAUGGAAACACUAGCUUUGUGAGUGUACAUAGACCAAGUGACACUUUUAUGAAAUAACACACUUUCAGCGAUUUUUAACAGUUACACUCUGGGUUGAGAUAUUAGAACUCAGCUUGUACAAAAUCAGUGCUUAGUCUGUUUAAUGUCAACUAAAAGGUCUAAAAGCCCUAAUGAGUGAAUUACAUAGCUGUCAGCAGGUCACAACAAAGGCACCAGGCUUAGAACAAGUGUUUGGUACUCACCAGAAACCAGGCUGAUGUGGAUAUCCACUUAGAAUAAGCCCAGAAGUAACAAGAUUCUCAAGCAGAAUUUCCAUUGCUCAGAAGCAUGAAUGUGUUCACCUGCCUUUUGUUGGAUAAAUGACAGUGAGUCCUGGACAACCUGCCCUUUUUAAGUCUCUCCCCUCUUUGCUACUAGUUUUGUGCCUCAAGUGCCCACAUGUUAUGGUGGCCUUUUAAGUGGGUGUAUAAUAUUUUCCAGUUUAAAGCCUAAUUGCUUAAAAGGGACAGGGGGAUUGGACAGAAGUGGUCCAUAAGAUGUAGAAUCAUAAAAACGUACAUUUCGUCUAGUCCCAGAGUGUUGCUUGUUCUUGGGUGUGUGCCUGAGUGCAGUGUUUUGACUUAACUCUAAAUCUAGUUAAGAUGGUGAUCCCAAGGCUUAUUUGCAAAUGGGAAGGAUGAUGUGAUCAUUAUUUUAACCAUUGAGCCCUUCCUCUUUGUCCAUUCAUACUCAUUUCUUUUUUCAUAGGAGUUUUCUGUUGUGACACAGGCUCUGUCCAGCUGCAUCCAUGCUAGGGCAGUUGAGAAAGGAAUAGGAUGCAGCGUUUCAUCCAAGCAACCUUUCCCCACUUGAUUCAUUUUAACCAGCAUUCUGUCACAGGUACAAAAUGGCAGUAUUAUUAACAUGCAUGUGUGCUAGGUGGUAUUGAAAUGUUCUGUUUUGAUCAUUUUAAGUUAUGUGUUUGUAAGGAUCAGAAAGGCUUAGUCUCCUUUAAGGAUUGUCUGUGUGUUGUGGAGGGGGAUGACCCGGAGCAAGAAUAACGAGAGAUAAUAAAUAAUUUGGUAUUUAAAAUGUGAUAAAAAGCAUGACAUUCUUCGUUCUGCUAUUAAUUGUAUAGAAAUAAGUCCGUGCAUUUCAGAUCUUAGUCCAGGCUGAUGCCUUUUAAAGCUGGCAAACAUCUCUUUUGAAAUUGUUUUUAGCACAAUGACACCACUGUCCUUACAGUGUAAUCUCUUUGGUAAUGAAUUCCCAGGCCCUUCCAGUAUGAGGAGAAAGGCGCAUAACUGGUUAAUAGCCUGUUAGUGUGUGUGUGUAUAUAUAUAAUAUAUAUAAUAUAUAUUAUAUAUAUAGCUAUUUUUUUAAAAAGGCAAGCUUUGAAUAUAUCAAGAAGGGGCUGUUGCAGAGGCAUUCUCCUCAUUUUACUCAGGGGAAACCAUGCACUAGGUUUCCACCAAAUAAAAAGUGACCUUUUGUUCCUUUUCCUCUGUACACACCCCUCAUGUGUGCCAAGCAAAUGAGAACAGAGGCCCUUGGGAAUUAAAACAGAAAGAAGCCAGUAACCAGAUUGAGAUGGACAUGCUGCUAACUGCCAGCCGUUGACCUGAGCAGUCCUAACUUGCACUUGGUCUUUAGUGUUGGGCUAGAUCGACUAAGUAAAUAAAUGUCAAUUGUCAUAAGACACGCUACAUCUACUGUCAUAUGAAACAAAUCAGCCAGAAGAUACUUUCUUUGAUCUUAUGGACACACUCCUUCUCUUGAGCUUUGCAAAAAUUAUGACAAAUUUUGGGGUUUAAAAAAUCACUUACAUUUCACCCAGACUUGGAAUAUUUAGAGGUGUUUGCUUCUCCUUCUCAUUCUCUGUGUUUCUAAUGGGAGGGGUUUAAAUAAGUAUGGAGGGCUUUCGGAGACAGGUGCCACAGAGACUGGAGGGAAUCACAGUUUUUUACAGUGAAGUGAGGGGUGUUAAGUAGAGGACCCGUACCUGUCCUGGUUUCAAGAUAACUAGAAAAGAAAAUAGUGAACUCACGGAAAGGAGGCAGUCAAGAGAAACGUCCGGUGCAACUCUGCCUAGCAGUGGGUGGGAGCGGAUCCAUGCAGUGCAUCCCAGAGCACCCCAUGACCAGGUGCCUCACUGAAUCCUAGUCUGAGAAGGGAGGAGGAAAGCAAGAGUGAUGCCUGGAAUACCUCAAGUCCAAGCCAGGUCAGGAGAAUCAACUAUGGCAGUCAGUGGCUGGGUGGGGGUGUGGUGUUCUUUUUUUCUUACUUUUGGAGCGGAAGUGAUGCUGAAGU